AUGCCGCCAGUUCUAUGUGAGAGUUGCCAGACUGGUCGCGCUGUAAUCGUGAGACCCAAAAACUUGUCGAAAAUCUGUAAGCCAUGUUUCCUAGCGAUCUUCGAACGUGAGACGCACGAAACCAUCGUUGGCAGUAAACUCUUUCAACGAGGUGAACGCAUAGCCAUCGGUGCUUCCGGUGGCAAGGAUUCGACUGUCCUCGCGUCUAUACUGAAGACACUCAACGAGCGUCAUGAUUAUGGAUUGGAUUUAUGCUUGCUCUCCAUUGACGAGGGCAUCAAAGGAUACAGAGACGAUAGCCUGGAAACAGUGAAGAGAAACGCAGUGCAAUAUGACAUGCCACUGGAGAUAGUGGGCUACGAUGAGUUGUAUGGCUGGACCAUGGAUCAGGUCGUUGCUCAGAUUGGCAAGAAGGGCAAUUGCACGUAUUGUGGCGUGUUCAGACGACAGGCACUCGACCGAGGUGCUGCCAAGCUAGGUAUCAAGCACGUCGUCACAGGUCAUAAUGCAGACGAUAUCGCUGAAACUGUGAUGAUGAACUUGCUGAGAGGUGAUUUGCCACGACUCGCUCGUGCUACUUCUAUCGUCACGUCCAGCGCUGCAAGCGAUAUCAAGCGGAGCAAGCCACUCAAGUAUGCUUAUGAGAAAGAAAUCGUCCUGUAUGCCUACCACAAGAAGCUCGAUUACUUCAGUACCGAGUGCAUAUACAGCCCCGAGGCCUUUCGUGGCAGCGCUAGAGCGUUGAUCAAGGACUUGGAGAAGAUACGCCCGAGCAGUAUUCUUCAUAUCGUCAAAAGUGGUGAAGACAUGGCCGCCUUGGUACCGCCUGAGCUUAGUACUGCUGUUGCCUGCUCUGGCGACAAUGAAGAGGCAGCCACAGGAUGUGGAUCGACGAAUGGCAGAUCCAGUGGUGGUGAGAUGGCAGUGCUGGAGAAGCGUUUGGCUGUGGAAGAAGCCGCACAAUAUCGUGAGACAGAAAUCGUUCUACCAGCCAACGGUAAUUCCUUGGUUCAGGAAACAUUGCAGGUAAAGGGUGGGAGUUCGAUACACGAUAAGAAGAAGCCAGCACGUAAGAAAGUCGUGAAGCAGGUCAUGGGUCGAUGCGACAAAUGUGGCUAUUUGUCUAGUCAGAGCAUUUGCAAAGCCUGUAUGCUUCUCGAUGGUCUCAAUAAGGCUCGACCUACCACUGAGAUUACUGUCAGUGCUGAAGAAGAAGAAGGUAGCACGACACUGAUGCGCCACGUCGCAGCUCUGGAGAUCGGUGCGUCCUGA